UGUUUUUAUUGCAGGUAUUCUAGAGGAUAUAGAUGUGGAUGGAGAGGACGAUAUAAAUUGGAUGGAGCGGUGGCGAUGUAUAUUCCCGAAAAUCAGUGAACAACAAAUCGAGAAGUUCAUCAAGGAAUACCGAGGUGACUGUUUGGUUUUAUCUUAUUCUGGAGAAGAACGUCAAGCAAUCAAAGAGUCGUAUUUGAAGAACAGAGGAGUAGUGGCCAAGAUUAUGGAUGAUAUCAUCGGUGUAUCGUAUGAAGACGAGGAUCGAAUAAGGGAUAUCAUCGAUGAAAUGAUCGAGACGAAGGAGUUGAAGAAAGCCAAAGGUUAUGUGAUGGAAUCGAAGAAAGCAAAGGAAAAACGGCGUAAAGCGGCCAAGAAGGAAGCCGAGGAAGCAGAAAAGGUGCUUCGUAAGAUCGAAGCGAACGAAGGUACGUCCGAUCUGAAGGCUUUGAUACAGAAGCGACAACUGGAUCGCGGUUCAUUCUUCGACGAUCUGGCCGCGAAGUAUGCACAACAGCCGAAAGCAAAGAAAAAGAAGAAA